AUGCAGAAGGUAAUACGACGCACGGUCCUUGCCAGCAAUCAAGCCAAACGUAAGGCGCGGAUUGAGGCUGCUAAGGACCGCCAUGAACAGAUAAAAUCCAUAUUUCGUGAGAAAGUUGCGCUUCAGCGCAGCCUUCUCGACGAAGCAGCGGAGGAGCGCCGAAACCGACGAGAAGAUUGGAUGCGAGGCCCCCUAGCGCCGAAAAGGGACUUUGGAGACCGCAAUGGGUUAUACGGGACCAUUUCAACCAACAGGCUCCGGAUGCCCAGAGUGCUUGAGGAACAAAGGAUAAAAUACAUGACAAUUGCGCCUGGGGAUCGAGUGUGCAUGGUGCGAGGAAGAGAUAGAGGCAAGAUCGGCAAAGUUCUCAAUGUCGAUGCUGAGUCUGAAACUGUUACUAUUGAAGGCAUCAAUAUUUACGAUGUGGAAUUCCCCUCGUUUGCAUUGGCUGGGGAUAGUGACAAGCGGCCGUUCCGACCGUAUCCAGUACCUGUUCCGAUCAACGACGUGCGCCUUGUUGUGCCCCUCGAGGAUCCUACCACAGGGCAAGUGAAAGACGUCGUGGUUAAGAAUGCAUACGGUGGUGCUCCGUUCCUCGAUCGGCCUUACGGAUCAAAUACUCCCAAACACACCCGCUACAUAUCAGGCCUAAAUGUUGAGAUCCCAUGGCCCGAAACGGAGAUUCCUGAGUACAAAGACGAGCCAAAUGACACGCUUCGUAUCGAAGUCGAAGCUAAAACCUACGUUCCUUCCCUCCAAUCCUUCCCUAUGCCGGAGACCUUAAUAGACGAAUUGAGAAAUAAAUACUCCAAGUACCGAACCCGCCAUGAUCCUGAGUAUGUCGCGAAGAAGCAGGAAGCGGAUGUGUAUCAGGAGUGGCUGAAGACCAGGACGAUGCUCACACCGAAGACGCAGUAUUUGCAAAAGAAAGUGGAAAAGAGGAUUAAGGAACGAGAGCUUACGAAAAACGAAGAUGGAAAUUACACACUGUCGAAAGACACCGCCAAUUUCAUCGAGAAGUUCAUGGCGAGCAAGCUACAAGGCGCGGCAACUAACGCAUCUCCCUCUGCUUGAAACCUUCCCCUUUCCGGAUUAUGGCGUUUAAAAAUGGUGCAAUAUUAAGGCAGGGAAAUAUUUUUUGUACGGUUACU